CCGCGAGUCCGCGCGGCCUCGGAGGAGAAGCGGGAGGCGGCGGCUGCGGAGGUCGUCGGGGGCGGCGGGCGGUGAGCGCGCUCCCGCUUCCCCGGCGGCGGCCGCAGGACAAUGGAGGUGGCUAUGGAGAAGGCGGCGGCUCCGGCCGGGGCCCCCGCAGCGGCGCCGCCGAGCGGAGAGAAUGAGGCCGAGAGCCGGCAGGGCCCGGACUCGGAGAGCGGCGGCGAGGCGUCCCGGCUCAACCUGUUGGACACUUGCGCCGUGUGCCACCAGAACAUCCAGAGCCGGGUGCCCAAGCUGCUGCCCUGCCUGCACUCGUUCUGCCAACGCUGCUUGCCCGCGCCCCAGCGCUAUCUCAUGCUGACGGCGCCGGCGCUGGGCUCAGCAGAGACCCCUCCACCCGCGCCCGUCCCCGCCCCCGCCCCGGGCUCUCCGGCCGGUGGUCCUUCGCCAUUCGCCACCCAAGUUGGAGUCAUUCGAUGCCCUGUUUGCAGUCAAGAGUGUGCUGAGAGACACAUCAUAGACAACUUUUUUGUGAAGGACACCACUGAGGUUCCCAGUAGUACAGUAGAAAAGUCUAAUCAGGUAUGUACAAGCUGUGAAGACAAUGCAGAAGCUAAUGGGUUUUGUGUAGAGUGUGUUGAAUGGCUCUGCAAGACAUGUAUUAGAGCUCACCAGAGGGUGAAGUUCACAAAAGACCACACAGUCAGGCAGAAAGAAGAAGUAUCUCCAGAGGCAGUUGGUGUAACCAGUCAGCGACCAGUGUUUUGUCCGUUCCAUAAAAAAGAGCAGUUGAAACUUUACUGUGAAACAUGUGAUAAACUGACAUGUCGAGACUGCCAGCUGCUAGAACACAAAGAGCACAGAUAUCAAUUUAUAGAGGAAGCUUUUCAGAAUCAAAAAGUGAUCAUAGAUACUCUAAUCACCAAACUGAUGGAAAAAACAAAAUAUAUAAAGUAUACAGGAAAUCAGAUUCAAAAUAGGAUAAUUGAAGUCAAUCAAAACCAAAAGCAAGUGGAACAGGAUAUUAAAGUUGCCAUCUUCACGUUAAUGGUGGAGAUAAACAAGAAGGGGAAGGCUCUGCUGCACCAGCUUGAGAGUCUUGCAAAGGACCAUCGAACGAAACUUAUGCAACAACAGCAGGAAGUGGCUGGGCUUUCUAAGCAGUUAGAGCACGUCAUGCAUUUUUCUAAAUGGGCUGUUUCCAGUGGCAGCAGCACAGCCUUGCUAUACAGCAAGCGACUGAUUACAUACAGGUUACGGCACCUUCUUCGUGCAAGGUGUGAUGCUUCUCCUGUGACCAACAACACCAUCCAGUUUCACUGUGAUCCUAGUUUCUGGGCUCAAAAUAUUAUCAACUUGGGUUCUUUAGUAAUCGAGGAUAAAGAGACCCAGCCACAAAUGCCUAAGCAGAAUCCUGUCGUGGAACAGAGUUCACAGCCACCAGGUGGUUUACCUUCCAACCAGUUAUCCAAGUUCCCAACACAGAUCAGCCUAGCUCAGUUACGACUCCAGCAUAUGCAGCAACAGCAUCCGCCACCACGCUUAAUAAACUUUCAGAAUCAUAGCCCAAAGCCCAAUGGACCAGUUCUUCCUCCUUAUCCUCAGCAGCUGAGAUACCCACCAAGCCAGAAUAUACCACGGCAGACGAUAAAACCCAACCCCCUGCAGAUGGCUUUUUUGGCUCAACAGGCCAUAAAACAGUGGCAGAUCAGCAGUGGACAGGCUCCGCCCACAACUGCCAGCAGCUCCUCCUCCACUCCCUCCAGUCCCACAAUCACAAGUGCGGCUGGGUACGAUGGAAAAGCUUUUAGUUCACCCAUGAUUGAUCUGAGUGCACCAGUGGGAGGGCCUUACAAUCUUCCUUCUCUUCCAGAUAUUGAUUGUUCAAGUACUAUCAUGUUGGACAACAUUGCAAGGAAAGACACAAGUGUAGAUCACGGCCAGCCAAGACCUCCAUCAAACAGAACGGUGCAGUCACCAAAUUCAUCGGUGCCAUCUCCAGGCCUUGCAGGUCCUGUUACUAUGACUAGCGUCCAUCCCCCAAUACGUUCACCUAGUGCCUCCAGUGUUGGGAGCCGAGGAAGCUCUGGCUCUUCCAGCAAACCAGCAGGAGCUGACUCUACUCACAAGGUCCCAGUAGUCAUGUUGGAGCCAAUUCGAAUAAAACAAGAAAACAGCGGACCACCUGAAAAUUAUGAUUUUCCUGUUGUUAUAGUAAAACAAGAAUCAGAUGAAGACUCUAGACCUCAAAAUACUAACUAUCCAAGAAGCAUACUUACCUCCCUCCUCUUAAACAGUAAUCAGAGCUCCGCUUCUGAGGAAACCGUGUUACGGUCUGAUGCCCCUGAUAGUACAGGAGAUCAACCUGGACUCCAUCAAGAAAAUUCCUCAAAUGGAAAGUCUGAGUGGCUGGAUGCCUCCCAGAAGUCCCCUGUGCAUGUCGGAGAGACAAGGAAGGAGGAUGACCCCAAUGAAGACUGGUGUGCUGUUUGUCAAAAUGGUGGGGAACUCCUAUGCUGUGAGAAGUGUCCUAAAGUAUUCCACCUUACUUGUCAUGUGCCCACAUUGACAAACUUCCCGAGUGGAGAAUGGAUUUGUACUUUCUGCCGAGACUUGUCUAAGCCAGAAGUUGAAUAUGAUUGUGAUGCUCCCAGUCACCACUCAGAUAAAAGGAAAAGUGAAGGCCUUACUAAAUUAACGCCGAUAGACAAAAGGAAAUGUGAACGCCUGCUUCUGUUUCUUUACUGCCAUGAAAUGAGCCUGGCUUUCCAAGACCCUGUCCCUCUGACUGUGCCUGAUUAUUAUAAAAUAAUUAAAAACCCAAUGGACUUGUCAACCAUCAAGAAAAGACUUCAGGAGGAUUAUUGCAUGUAUACAAAGCCUGAAGAUUUUGUAGCUGAUUUUAGAUUGAUCUUUCAAAACUGUGCUGAAUUCAAUGAGCCUGAUUCUGAAGUAGCCAAUGCUGGUAUAAAACUUGAAAGCUAUUUUGAAGAACUUCUAAAGAAUCUUUAUCCAGAAAAAAGAUUUCCUAAGCUAGAAUUCAGGCAUGACAUAGAAGACUGUAAGUUCAGUGACGACUCAGACGAUGACUUUGUACAGCCCCGGAGGAAGCGCCUCAAGAGCUCGGAGGACCGCCAGCUGCUAAAGUAAAGCAGCGCUGGCCCAGUGCACUGUGCUAGAGAUUUUCCUUUCAAAUUAAAGAAAGCAGAAGCCUUGUCAGUGAUCUAAGAUCAUGGGACAGAGCAGGGUUUGUGAGAUCUCUGGUAUGGUUUUGCUGUUUACUGAACUUUGAUUUCUUUAAUAACAUUUCUUUAACCUCUCAUCAUUGAUAAUAAAAAGAAGAGGAAGAAAGGAAAUGUGUAUAAGAAUAAAAGAAGAAAGAAAAGGUAGAAAAAGAAGAAAUGGCAAAGAAGGAAAAGACAUUCUUCCCACUAUUGGAUUUCCUACAGCAGCCUGGAGUAAGACUUGCUCAAUAGAGAGAAAUAGAGUUUGAAGUAAGUUGAGAUUUUAGUGUGAUUUGGAUGUGUGAUAAUCCAUUUUUAGACUAUUUCAUUACCCUUUAAUUAUGGCCAACUGUAAGGAGAUAGGUUUACUGUUCUUAAAAGACGUCCUCCCCAAACGUGAGUGGGAAGCAGAGUUCUUUCCCAGGCUGCCUGCCAGAAGUGUAGACAGAUGCUAUUAAGACACCAAAUAGUGUCCGUGUAAGAUGGCAAAUGCAUUAAAGAAAUCAGGAAACGAAA